UUAAAGGAAGUCACGCCUCCAUUCGAACCUAGUGGCAGCAUAAUACCCGGGAAAUAUACUUUCCUUGACACCUCGUCUUCCCCGUUUACUUCUGAACGUCGUGGACCGAGGAUCCGCACGCCCCUCCCUAUUCCCGUUCCGAAUUUGACAAAAAAGAGUCGCGGUCGUCGCGUCCCUACCGCCGGCGACGAAGCCAUAGUAGAAGGCGAAACAGCUAAGGGACGUAAGGGACGCGAUUAUGUUUGUGAAGUGGAAGGCUGCGGUAAGUGCUUCAGCCGUGGGCGGCAACUCAGUCGGCACAUCCGAUCUAUCCAUACACAUGAAAAACCGUUCGACUGUCCUCACCCCUCGUGCAACAAACGUUUCAACCGGAAUGAUAAUUUACUUCAACAUCUACGCGUCCAC